AUUUCCCUUUUCAAUUCUUUCAUCAAUUAGUGUGCCCCAUGAAUGCGCUAGAUAAAACCCCCGGGGGAAUUUUGUUUACAGAACCACCAUUAAAGCAAACGGCAUGACAAGCGAUAAGGCGCCGCAUGCCCACUUAAGUUUAUUCAUUCAUCUUGAGGUAUAAAUGGAUUGUACACACUUGGUCAAACUAUACUGUACGGCGAUAGGAGGCACUGUAAAGUGUCUGCUAAAAGUCCCCAAGCCUCUUUGCAAUGUAAGAAGGUGCUUCCCAUUUGUUAUUCUGAUUUGAAGAUCAUUUUAAUAUCGUUCCCAUUUGGCUUUGUUGCUAUCGUUGAUAGUGGCACUGCAGUAUGAAUUAUGAAGCGUCCAAAAUUUGCGAUAACAACCUUUUAGAUAGCAUAUGUUCGAAGCUGAAAAGCGAGAAACAACGGUUCGUCUGUGGAUAUCACAUCAUAGCAGCGAGCGUAUAAAACUCAGAGACAUGCCAUUCUUCGAGCUAGUCUGAAGCAACAGAAACCGUAGAGAUGAAGUGCGCAAGCCUGUUUCUCUUUAUACUUAUCAAUUUGGUGUUUGUUCGGGUGAAUGCAAAGCCAAGUGUUACCGAACCAUCGCCAUCAAACUGGACGCAACAUGGGUUUAUGUUCGAGCUGCUCGUUACCAAAAUGGCUUCGUUACAGGAAGAAAUUGUGAAAGAAAGGGCACAGAAUCAAGACACGAUGCGCAGUUUAAUUGGCAUUUUCUACAAUCUAAUCACACCCAAUGCAUCCAAAAUAUACAACGAUUGCAAAGAAGCUCCAGCGGCAGAGAGAAUAGUAAAGCUUCAACCCGAAAAACCAUUCAGAGAACCGAUGACGGUGUUGUGCGAUCAAGAGUACGAUUCUGGAGGCUGGGUAGUCAUUCAGCACCGUUUCGAUGGAUCAACCAAUUUCUAUCGUGAUUGGAAGGAGUACAAAAACGGGUUUGGUAACCUGGAGGGUGAGUUUUGGCUUGGACUUGAUCGUAUUCAUCAGCUGACCACUUCGAAGCCACAUGAGCUGGUGGUGCUCUUGGAGGACUUCGAUGGCAAUAAGACCUACGCGAGGUAUACGCAUUUCGAGAUCGGAGGAGAGGCUCAGCUGUACGAGCUGACGCAAAUAUCUGGAUAUUCCGGUACUGCCGGGGAUGAUAUGGUUGCAGUGAAGGGCAUGAAGUUCUCUACACUUGAUUCGGACAACGAUACGUGGGGUUCAAGUUGUGCAGUAACAUAUGCUGGAGCCUGGUGGUAUGGAGCAUGCCAUCGGAGCAAUCUAAAUGGAAAGUAUCUGCGAGGAGAAACCAAAGAGUACGCCACCGGAAUGGUAUGGUACAGUUUUCGCGGCCAUCACUAUGCUCUCAAAUCAGCCAAAAUGAUGAUAAGGCCCGUGGGCUAGCCGACAUUGCCAGUAGCAAGGGUAAAUCAGGAUGAUCUGUUUGUAGGGAUUUAGUUGGAAAUGUAAUGCAGCGACAGAGUAUCUAUGAGAAUCGAUAGCACGAGAAAGUUGUUUAUCGAACACACGCUUAUGUAGCUCCUUAUUCAAAUAAAAUUAAUAAGAACUAUGGA